AUGGAUUUUGGAAAGAAGAGUAGAAUAAUUACAGCAAGAUAGAGAAAAUAUUUUGAUUUGAUUGAUGAAAAAGUCAUGAAGUUGGCUUAUUAUGGGUUUGGAGAUUUAAUGAUUUUAGAGGUACUAUAAGAGGAAGACUCUUCAAGUGGUAGAAAUCAAAUUAUCACUAAUCAUCUAUUCAAGUGUGUAGCUUAAACUUAUUAUUACUGUCAACAGAAUUUCGGUAACAAAAACAUUAUUUUUAAUUCCUUAUAAACUUUGUAAUUAACACUUUUCGUUAUUUAUUUUAUUGUAUGUUUUGUCAUCUAUUAAAAUUUCUGUAAGAUCCUUUCAAUGCAACUCAAUAAUUGUUCAGAUGAGGAUAGAACUUCGUUUUUCUUUGGAACUAACAUGGCAAAGUAGUAUUCUUCAGGUUAAUGUUUAAGCCAAAAAGUAUUAGCUACACUAAUGAUAGCCCAAUAAUCCAGGAAAUAAUGA